AUGGCUUUAGAAUUAGAUACAACCGUAUCAUCUGUGAAUGGCAGUAACAAUAACAGUAAUGGUAACACUACUGUGAUAUUCAAAACAAUUAAUAAUGAUUCACCGUGCAGUAACGACUCCGGAUUUCACAGCGAUCGGUUACAACAGCAUCAGCAAUCGAGGUCGCAACGGACCAUAUUCAGAAGUCGUUGUAACAUCAAGCAUAAGCCAACUUAUGUCAGCGUAUUUGCUUCUGAUCCAGAUUGUUCCAGUCCACUAUUCGAUGAAUUCGAUCGACAUUUCGCCGCCAAUCGACCGAACUUUCUUAACAGUACGCUUCAUCUGCCUACGGGAGAUGAAGAGACACGCUCCGCUCCGUCCAUUGUUGCUCCGUUAAUAACGCCUUCUGGGCAGUCAGCAUCGCCGUCAUUCAUAAAUAUGAUUGUUCCGUCGGAUUCCACGGUGCAUCCAGAAACCUCGAAGCAAACUUAUCAGAAUAAACAGCAAGCUUUCUCAGCAUCCUCUGCAAGUACUUUUGAACAAGAGCAGCAACCUCAUGCUCCACUUUCAACUGUGGUUCCGGAAACUCCCGCACAUCCGAAGCUGCAUUAUGCAACAACGCUUUCCAAUAUUCUUUCAUCCAGCGGGAUAUCGAAUUCAAAUCAGUCAAUGCAAGGAAUUCCAGUGCAAAGGACCUAUAAAUAUGCCCGUUUGAAAACUGAAAUGCAGGAAAAUACGGCGUAUAUCAGUGAGCAAGAAGAUGAAAAGUCCGAAGGAUCCAUGAGAGAAUCGCUGGAUGAUCUGUAUUCAAAAUUCCAGCAAAAUUUACCGCCCGAAACAGAAAUUUUGAAUUACCAUUUCUAUCCACGGAUAGUUGAUAAAUCGGAGGAAUUUUAUUUAACUCUGACAAAGUCAGCAGAUCUUCCUACGACGAAGUUACCGCAUGGUAAUUCAUCGGAACCAAAAGAAACAGUGGAAACGUUGGACACGGAUGAGAAAUGCAAAAAUGGAAAACAAUAUGAUGAUAAAGUCACCAUGAAGCAGUCAUCUGCCUAUGAUAUGUAUCAUUUGUCGCCUGAUUCUGUUACAAAACCGCUGCCUAGGACCAUAUCUGCAAAAUCAGGGAAUGCUUCACCUCAUCAAUCACUUACAAGGCCUCAAGAAAUACCAAUAUCGGAGCUUUUUGCUUCUAAAAUUGCUCCGCGACAUGAUCAAGGAAGUUAUGGCACUAAUUUGGAAGGACCUCCACUUCAGAUUCUGUCUCUUGAUCUAGAACUCGGGGUAACUUCGCAAGAAAAGUCAGAAAAUCGACUGUUAAAAAUCGAACAAUGCAGUACCUAUGAUGAAAAGUUGGGGUCACUUAAAAAUGCUGCUGUGAAAUCUAAAGAUACCUCGGAAGCAGAAAUACACUUGAAUAUCGAGGAAAGCGACUGUGUUUCAUUUGUACCUGCUACAGAACUCAACCGGAUUGUCUCUCCAACACCUGACUCAUUGAGAAAUCACGACAGCAGCGAAAAGCCCACUUCAGGUGUGUUUGAAAAAUCUGGCUCAGUCGUCCCUUCCAAACCCAUCCCUCCCCCAUGGCAAAGUUCUGCUGUAUCGAUUCCGAGGAAACCAGAACAUUCUUAUGGCAUUAACCGAACAGUUCCCACCAAGGAAUUGCAAACUCCGACAUCGUUAAAUGAAAAGUCCGAAAAGCCGGUAAUACCAGUUGCUCCACGCCGUGCCAGAGAUGAUGAUAAGCCGAUUCCGUUUAAUAAACUUAUUGAAAAGGCAAUUUUCUUCACAAAAGCAGAUAAUGGUGCAGUUCCAACACCGAAGACAUUCCAAAGCAUCGCAGGCGCUGUUGAUUCGAGCAAAUUCACUACAGUGGGGAACAGUGGCAGUACUGGUGUUUCGAAAGCGACAGCACUAAAUUUGCGCACCUCAGAGAAAGUUCCAUGUAGUGGCAGCAAAUUGAUCAGCGAAAAAUUUACUGAAAGAAAUUCGACCUAUGUUGAAACUUCAAAAAAUAGAUUUUCAGUUACUGAUAAUGCACCUAUUUCGCAAGCCGGAAAUUUCUUUACAAAAGCAAGAGCAUCCUUUGAGAAGACUGCACAGCCUCUUCCGGUGCGAGCAUCUCAUAACAAUGAGAAGAAAUUCGUCUCUACUGUCGAAAAAAAUGUCAAGGUUGAAAAAUUUUCGGAUAUUAUCCGACAAUCUGAAAAGGUUGAGAAAAGGUCCUCGAUUAUAACGAAGCAGAAUGAAUUCCUGGAAGUGUAUUCAUCCGUGAUGGAGAAAGAGCCAAACACAAAAAUGCAUCCAUGUCUAUCAGAAAGAGAGUAUUCAGUAGGAGUUAUGAAAGGACUCGAUUUCUCACGCUUCGAUAGUGUAACAAACGAUGAAGUGAUCGGAAGGCCGCUUGGGGCAGAUGGAGCUGAAGAAGCGACACUUCAAAUAAUCAGCGAGAUUACACCAAGCAAUGAGUUGCAUAAGCAAGGACAAACAUCUGAAGUGGAGUUAAUGGAGUGCAAAAGCUUGUUAAAUGGAAAAUUUGCUGAUUAUGAUAUUUUCAAAGUAAUGCUGAAAAAACCGGCAAGUAACCCAGAAGGUUCAGUUGGUGUAAUUCUGAGUUCGGCAGCUUCCGGCGACCAAUAUAUUAGCGUGCAAAGAGUGAUAUCGGGUAGUAUUGCGGAUCGAAGCGAUCUCAUCGAGAAGGGCGAUCGUGUUUUCUUCGUGCAGGGUUACUCGACAAAACAGAUGUCAGCUACAGAUGCACGAACCUUAAUCAAACAAAGGACUGAACAUGUCAUUUUCGUACUCGGACGACCGAAGACAAAAUCCAGUGACAUGCCAGCUAAGCCUGCUAAAUUUGUUUCCACCGCAACUGUUGACCCUGAUCUGUUCAACUAUUCGAUGGAUCCGGAAGAAGUGAUACUCACGAAAGGUAGUCUUGGUGUAGGCUUAGCGCUUGAUGGUGGCCGUGGAUCAGUGUUUGGUGAUCGGCCAAUUGUUAUCAAAAGAGUUUUUGAAGGCGGCUCUGCAGCACGUAGCGGCCGUAUUAAAGUUGGUGACCGAGUAACCACAAUUGAUGGCAUUGAUUUGAGUGGGAUGAGUUACCUGGAAGCGACAAAAACGCUCCGGUCACGUCCAGAAGGACCAUUAAAGCUGGUUAUACUUCGCCGUUUGCAAUAGUUUUUAAUAGUGUAUAACUACUUUUGCUCGUUCACUGUGCUCAAAUUUGGUUUAUGCAAUAAAAUUCCAUUGUAUUUCGGUAUGCAAACAAGGAAAAAUAUAGAUACCUUUUUGUGUACCAGUUGGUGUCGCGCCAGGUUGGAUCGUCUCAGUAACUUUGACUAUGUAGAUCUUUGACUUGGUGAUUUUAAUAAAAGUUAAAUGGGGAAACACUGCUAACUCAUUUAUUAAUGUAAAUUUUUGAAUCAUUUCAGGCUUCAC